GGUAACAGAAAAGAGUAAAAUAUAUUUAUUAAUUUAUCAAAUUUAUUAUAUUGACGGUAAAGUUGUUAAUUAAAACGAGAACAUUCCAAAAAUACUAUAAUACUACUUAUACAAGCUAAAAGAAUCACAUAUAAAACCAAAUUAAAAACAGUUUACUCUACAUGCACAUAAGAUUCAAAUAUAAGGGAACGAAUUUGUGACAAAUGAGUAUUUUAUUUUAUAAGGAUAACUUAUAUUUUAUUGAUCAUAGAGAUUUCACAUUAAAUAUUUUUCAAAAUGUGGAAAGUGUAAAUACAAGUACUAGCGGUAAUAAAUCAUUUAGUAUAUCUCCAAAAUUAUUUUCUAUAAAAUGUGACAAAAAAGAAUAUGAUUCAAGAAAGAGGAAACACAAUGACGUUAUUAUUGAAGAGGCAACAAACAUAAAAAUAAUGUAUAAUAACCUUAUUGACGUAAUACCACCAAACUUAAAGAUGAAAUUAAAAUGUAAAUAUGAUUUAUUGGACACUGCAGCUGUGAGAGAUCUUUCACAACAAUUAUUUGAAUUGACGGCCCAUGAUUAUCAGGGAAUAUCUGGUGGAAAUAAUUCGGACAGUCCAUUGAUCUGCAUAAUCAAAGAUAAUGACUAUCUCAUACCAGGAAAAUGUAGAUUUCUCAGCGGCUGUGUAAAAGAGCAAUGUGAAAAGUUAAGUGGGAACAAAUAUGAUAUUGUGAUAGCAGACCCACCCUGGUGGAAUAAGUAUAUAAGAAGAUUGAAGACAGCUAAUGAUAAAAUGGGCUAUUCCAUGAUGUACAAUGAAGAUAUAGCAUCCAUAGCAAUCUCCGAAUUACUAUCAGACACUUGCAUCGUUGCAGUGUGGUGUACCAACGCACCAAGCAACAUUAAAGCUAUAAAAGACAUAAUUUUCCCAAAAUGGGGUGUGGAAUAUGUAACCACUUGGUAUUGGAUGAAGCUGUGUAUAGAUCUAGAACCAAUAUGUCCGUUUAGUGGUGGGUGUAAGAAACAACCAUAUGAGAGAAUUGUUAUUGGGAGAAUUGGUGAUGUUAAAGUUCCUGAGGAUUUGUUAGUCGCGAGUAUUCCCAGUGCUUUGCAUUCGCAUAAGCCUCCUUUAUUGGAUCUUCUUUCUCCGCACAUACCAAAUGCAGAGCCGAAAGUUUUGGAAUUAUUUGCAAGAUACUUGCUACCAAAUACUACGAGUGUUGGAUAUGAACCUUUGAAGUGGCAACACUUAUCAUUGUAUGAUGUUACAUGAUUCGAAAUAAAUAUUUUUAUAUU